AUGAAGGGAGAAGGAGGACAGCAGCACAUUCUAUCGGCAUGGCCGAACGAAGUUUCCGUGCACGGCGAUCUGGGAUCGCGUCUCACACUUCAUUGCAACAUAUCCAUCCACAGCUUGGAACAGUUGCAGGCGACAGGCAUUGUAUGGAAAAAGGAUGGUGAAAUUAUUCUGGGACCUCUGUCAGGUUGGAGAAUUUCGAAACAUCAGAUCAACAUAUUGAAAUUGAAUCUGACGCAAAACGACAGCGGCAACUACACGUGCCAACCAGUGGGGCCUGAGCUCCGGAACGUCCCGGUCAUGUCAGCCAGCCUGACGCUCAGAACACCUCCUGAGAAGUUGGCAAACCUCACCGUGACACCGUCCAUCGUUUACACUUCAAUAAGAUGGGCGAUUCAUGGAGACGGUGGCUCUCCGAUCACGCACUUCACACUAGUUUACCAACAAGUACUGCAAAUCCGCGUCAGCUCGCUCGCGCACAAUCUUGAUUCCGAAGCUGUCUCGAAAACCUUAGAUGCGGAGCAUCAUCGAUCGACGCAUCUGCCGAUCCACAUCAGUCCUGCCGCGAGACAGUUCUUCGUUUACCAUUUGCGUCCAAAUGCACUCUACAUGUUCAAAAUGUGGGCGACCAACCGGAUCGGCCGUGGAGAAGCUUCAGUUCUGUACAUAUCUACCCACGUCACAGGCAAUACCACUAUACAAAGUCUCGAAGAAUACAGUAAUAUCACGCUGGCGACGGCGAAACCAAUGAAAUACCCGUCCUUGGGAUAUUCGGACGAGGAUCUGAGUUCCACCGCAUGGCUCAUCGGUGUCUCCAUGGUUUUAUCGACAGUCGUCGUCCUGGCACUCCUGAGCUGCGUUCUCAUCUACAAGGAGGCUUCGAAUGACGACCUGGCAGGUGAAACCUUCGACGACGACUUCAGCCAAACUCGCUCAGCCGCCAUGCAGAUACUUCUCGAUCCAGCCCGAUCGUUUCGCCGAUUCUACAGACCUCAGGUGACCCCCGUUCUCUCUCAGAAACCCGAAGAACGCACUGUUCUCCUCGCGGACAGUGAUUGCAACGACAACUCUGGAAUCGCUCCUCCAAGGCUCAACAAUAACUCUUUACUGCUCCCCUCGUCGCCAGCAAACGUCGUGUAG